CAUGAGCGGAUUAACGGGACAUCGAUCGCCAACCUUGUCGGGACAGUCAGUGUUGUGAUGGCAGUGACUGCGACAGGAGGUGCGUCGACACGUCCUUGCCGCUUGGAAUGUAAGAGGGAUCUUACAUUUCAGAAGUGGGAUGCGACUCUGCUGCAGAAGGAAGUGGAAGGAGUUCAAAGAUGAUGCAGCCAUAAGGAUAAGGUAGGCGAUUAGAAAAUAAAGAGAAAAGCGCGGAAUGAAUAAAAUGGCGCAAAGAGCGGAAAGUAGGAGCGGGAAACGGGAAAAUGGUAAAAAGGAAUGAGAUUUUUUGUUUAUCGGCAAUUAAGCGGUGGGUUUUAUAUUUACUAGAGAUGAAAGGAAAAUGUGGUGUCAAAAGAUUUAAAAUAAAAAAUAGAUAGCUAAGAGGAAAAUAAAUUAAAGAAUUAUCUUGAGAAUGCAUGCCAUGAAGAAUGAUUCGAGAGGUGGUAUCGGGAAACGGGAAUUGCGCGAAUUCACUCGGGUGGGUUCGGGAUGAGUCGGUAUCGCAGAGUGAAAUGUCAAAUGAUUGUUGUUAUUGUGGAAUACAUGAAAGAAAACAAAAGCGGAACGCGAGUGAUUAACUAAAAUAGCAGUAAAAGGUGAGAAUUACAAAGGAAGUAAAGUUAAAUCAGAGAGGAAAGUAAGUACACAGGAAAAAAAAAUUAAAAAAUUCAUCCGAAUUAUUCGAGGAAUUUGGGAGAUAAAUUGAAAUGGAAAUUUUAGGUUAGAAUGGAUGAAAGAGGAAUCGAUUUGGAGGAAAGAGAGCUCCGGGAGUACGAUGAAGAAGCAAUGGGAGGAGAUGAACAGGGAGAAGUGAUUAAACACUACAGGCAAAAGAUCCGUGAAUUGGAAAAGGAGAAUGAAGCGCUCAAACGGAGUACAUCUUCAUCAAGUUCAAGGGAAGUGGGAACAUUCCGGCUGGCUGGUGGGGAAAUUAAAGAUUUGAUCCCGGCGUCCCGACCUGGGGAAGAUGAGACAACCACAGAAGAGUGGAUUGAGAAUCUAGAAUCCAUGCGGGAGAUCUACGAAUGGACCGAUCAACAAGUUCUGCUGUAUGCGUCAAUUCGGCUCAAAGGAGCCGCAAAGAAGUGGCAUUCAACCACAAAGACGAAAACGUGGGAUGAAUUCAAGCGGGAACUGAUGAAAGCUUUUCCGGAGAAGAUUAAUGUAGGGAGGAUAAUUGAAGAGAUUCAAGGGAGAAAGAGAAAGCGAGAUGAAACCGUAACCGAGUACUUCUUUGAAAUGAGACAGAAAGGGAAAAAGAUAAAGCUGGAUGAUGCGACGAUCGCAAAGUACAUUAUAGCAGGACUGGGAGAUGAGAAAUUGAUCGGUAUGGUGGCCGGAGCUAACUACGACUCCCCACAGGAAUUGCUCCAGAAAAUCAAAGAUGCUGAGGAUAUUCGUAGAGCCAUGAGAAAACACGGAAUUGGCGAAUCAGGGGGGAAAGAAAAGGGAGGAAAAAACGAUGCACGGCCUGAACAAGAGAGCCAGGAUGGGAAUCAGGUGCAGAAAGUAUCUUGCUACAAUUGCGGGAAAGUUGGUCAGACAGCCAGAGAAUGCCAUGAAAGAGAAAACAAACAACGAGACAUGAAGGCAGAAAUCACGUGCUUCAAAUGCAACGAGAAAGGUCACAUAGCAAGAUUCUGUGGCAAAAAUGAGACAGACUCAAAGAUGAUCCAUAAGGGUAACAUGAGAAUAAUUGAAGUUGAGGAAAAAGAAAAUCCGAACUACAAGGAGGUGAAAAUUAACGAGAAAAAGCUCUGGGCUUACAUUGAUCAAGGGAGCGAUUGCACCACAAUGAGGAAAUCUGAUGUAGAAGCUCUGGGGGUGGAGAUUAAAUCGAGAACGACAACGCUGAGAGGAUUCGCAGGACAAUGCCAGACCGUGGGGCAAACGGAAGUAUGGGUUACGAUUGACGAGGUGCGAAGGCAAACAACCGUCCAUGUCGUUCCAGAUGAAGCUCAAGACAUCCCAGUGAUUGUCGGCCUUGAUAUUUUGGGAAAGGAAGACAUACGAGUCGUCAGGCAAGGCAAAACGUUGCAGAUAGAGGAUGUCCGGAAGGAUGCAAACGAGAAGACAAUUUGAAUUGAAGUGAGAGGGAAUAUUUAGUGUUUAACUCAGGAAAUGGGUGAACAUAAUAAGGGAGUGUAUCAGAGGUUCUAUAGGGUGAGUACAAAACUGAUAUGUUGACACAGGUGAAUGACAAAGCAGGAUUGUUGUAAAGAAUCUGAAAGUAAGUUUUUUUAUCUGAGAAUUGUAGGGAAGUCUUAGAAUGGGGGUUCGCAUAGGGACGUUGAAUGUUUAAGUCAAGCGAAGAAGGAAGUAAUAAAAAAAAAAUUGAGUUGAAUGAAGAAGGGAAGAAUAGGGAACUUCAUGCUGAAACACCCUUGGUUGAGUCCGAGACGUGUCCAGAAAGUUGAAGUCACUAGAGAAAUGCAAGCGAGGGAAAAUUAGAGUUAGGCAAAGUAGAGAUUGCGAGAAAGCUUCAUGCUGGAACACCCUUGGUUAAUUUCAAGACGGGUCCAGAAGAAGUCGAAGUCAAUAAGAGAGAAGCAAAAGAAAUGAGAGUUGGUUGAAGCAGAGAUUGCGAGAAAGCUUCAUGCUGGAACACCCUUGGUUCAGUUCAAGACGUGUCCAGAUGAAGUAGAAGGCAAGGAAGAGAGAAGCAAAAGAAAAUGAGAGUUGGUUGAAGUAGAUAUUGCGAGAAAGCUUCAUGCUGGAACACCCUUGGUUCAGUUCAAGACGUGUCCAGAUGAAGUAGAAGGCAAGGAAGAAAGAAGAUUGAGAGUUGGUUGAAGCAGAGCCUGAUGAGCGUCAAUCUGAAACACCCUUGGUUAAGUUCAAGACGUGUCCAGAUGAAGUAGAAGGCAAUGAAGAGAGAAGAUUGAGAGUUGAUUGAAGCAGAGCCUGAUGAGCGGCAAUCUGGAACACCCUUGGUUAAGUUCAAGACGUGUGCAGAAGAAGUCGAAAUCAAUGAAGAGAGAACAAGGAAGAUUGAGAGUUAGUCGCAGUGAAGUAUGUGAAUGAGAGCCACUCUGGAACACCCUUGGUUUAGUUCAAGACGUGUCCAGAGUAAGUCGAAGCCGAUGAAGAGAGAAAUAAGAGAAGAUUGAGAGUCAGUUGAAGCAGAAUCUAGGAAUGAGCGUCAUAGCAACAUAGCAUCUUAUGUCAGGAGUGGCCGAGGGGUUGAGAAACGGCAUUGAGACAGGUAUCAAUAAACGGAACGGAUUAGAAGUAGUCAGUAUUGGUUAGAGUACUGAGAGUAGGUCGAGUUAUAUGAUGCAGGAGCAACGACGAUCAGAUAAAACGGAGUAAUUAUUCAGAAGACAGGUUGAAUAGAAAAUCCGGUUAAGGGCGAAGAAUGAGAGUUAGAGCGCAGUCAGAAGAGGGCAAGAGGAUUAGUACAAGAACAGAAUUCAUGAGAAUAGAGGAAGAUAAGACGAGCAGGAAAGAUCAAAGUGAGUCAGAAAUUGUACGAAGCAAGAGAAGUUCAGGGAGGCAAUUAGAGCGAAUGUAGAGCGAUAAUCUAACGUGACGAAUGACGUCAAGGUCGCUGAGGGCAGCUCCUGAAGUCAGGAGUGGCCGAAUGUAAGAUUAACAGUAAGGCAUGAGCGGAUUAACGGGACAUCGAUCGCCAACCUUGUCGGGACAGUCAGUGUUGUGAUGGCAGUGACUGCGACAGGAGGUGCGUCGACACGUCCUUGCCGCUUGGAAUGUAA